GCCUCGACCCAGACGUCCGCGCCCAGCCUGGUCGCCAUGGCGGGCCUGGGCCCGGGCCCCGCCGUGCCCGUGUGGCUGGCCGAGGACGACCUGGGCUGCAUCAUCUGCCAGGGGCUGCUGGACUGUCCGGCCACGCUGCCCUGCGGCCACAGCUUCUGCCGCCACUGCCUGGAGAGCCUGUGGGACGCACGGGGCGCGGGGGACCGCUGGGCCUGCCCCACCUGCCGGGAGGUGGCCGCGCAGCAGCCGCGGCUGCAGAAGAACACGCUGCUGCAGGACCUGGCGGACAAGUACCGCCGCGCCGCGCUCGAGGUGGAGGCGGGCCCCGACUCGGCCCCCCGCCCCGGCCCCGGGCCCAGCCCGGCCCCCAGGCCCGGGCGCCGCCGGUCACUGCAGCGGGUGGAAGUACAGAAGAGCAUUACAGAAGUUGGUCAGGAGCUGACAGAGCUGGGGGAACGGCUUGUAGACAUUGUCAGGAGCCUGCAGAGUCAGAGGCCCCUCUCAGAAUCUGGACCAGACAAUGAACUGAGCAUCCUGGGCAAGACUUUUUCUUCUGGGGUGGAUCUUUCCAUGGCUUCUCCAAAGCUGGUGACUUCCGAUGCAGCUGCAGGGAAAAUCAAAGAUAUUCUCCAUGACCUAGAAGAAAUUCAGGAAAAAUUACGAGAAAACUUCUCCUGGAAAGAGGCUCCUGAAGCACAGACACAGGGGGAACUCUUGGAAGCCCUGUCUUCCUCCUCAUGCCCAUUGUCUGACCAGAGCCGCCCUGCACUCAGGAGAGCUUCUCAGUUUGCUCAGUGGGCCAUUAAUCCAACCUUUAACUUGAAGAGCCUUUCCUGCAGCCUGGAAGUGUCCAGGGAUUUCCAUACAGUGACUGUGUCUCCCCGCCUACAACCCUAUCGCUUGAGUUGUGAGAGGUUUUCUACCAGCCAGGUCUUAUGUUCCCAGGCCCUCUCUUCUGGAAAGCAUUACUGGGAAGUGGACACUAGGAAUUGUAGCCACUGGGCAGUUGGGGUGGCUUCCUGGGAGAUGAGCCGUGACCAGGUCCUGGGAAGGACUACAGACUCUUGUUGUGUGGAAUGGAAAGGGACUAACCAGCUCUCUGCAUGGCACAUGGUCAAGGAAACUGUCCUUGGCUCAGACAGACCUGGGGUGGUGGGCAUCUGGUUGAACCUUGAGGAGGGGAAGCUUGCCUUCUAUUCAGUGGACAAUCAGGAGAAGCUUCUGUAUGAGUGUACCAUCUCUGCCUCCUCUCCUCUGCACCCUGCCUUCUGGCUGUAUGGCUUACAUCCUGGAAAUCACCUGAUAAUAAAGCAAGUAAAGGUCUAAGGUUUCCUCAGGGAUUACAAAA